AUGAAAGUGGUGCGGGUGAAUAAACGGCUGGUGGUUGCACUCGUUGCCACAGUGUUCAUUGUUAUUUUCUGUUCAGUCUCAUUUUUCACAUCAUCAUCUCCAAAAGCGGACACCGAACGAGUACCGAUUAGAGAUAUAAAUAGUCGAAACAAGAUUCGAAAUGAAGCUGAAUUGAAAGAACAACUACGGCAUGAUACGCAAAAGGUUGAAACUGAACCGGGAAUUGAAGUGAUUCACGAAGAAGAGCGAAAAAUCGAGGAAAAAGAGGAAAAAGAAGAGGAGGAAGCAUUAAAAGAAAGAGAAAAACCGAUAGGAGCAGGAAGAGGGAAAGAUGGGAAAGAUGGGAAAGAUGGGAAAGAUGGGAAAGAUGGGAAAGAUGGAGAAAAUGAUGAGAGACGAGAAAAAGUGGUGAAGAUGAUGUUACAUGCAUGGUAUGGAUACAGGAAUCAUACAUGGGGAGCGAAUGAAAUUAAACCAAUCUCUAAAGGAAUCAACAAUCAGGGGAUAUUUGGUGGAUCGGGAAUGGGCGCCACAAUUGUUGAUGCAGCUGAUACUUUGUGGAUUAUGGGAUUGAAAGAAGAAUAUGCACAAGCUCGAGACUGGAUUCGAGACAAUUUCGAUAUGAAAACAAAAGCCACAGGAAGUCUUUCUGUUUUUGAGACGACUAUUCGUUUCCUCGGUGGCCUUCUUUCACUUCAUGCAUUAACGGGAGAAGAAUUUUAUAUCAAGAAAGCUCAAGAUGUCGGUGACACAUUAUUAUUGGCUUUUAAGACACCGACCGGCAUUCCCCAUUCAACGCUCAAUCCACAAUCAAAAAGAGCUGAGAAUUAUGGCUGGGCUUCGGGUGGGAUGUCAAUCCUUUCUGAAAUCGGUACUCUUCAUCUCGAAUUCGCUCAACUCUCAAAAGUCACCAAGCAACCGAUUUUUGCGAAAAAAGUGCAAAAAGUGAGAGACGCAUUGGAUAAGGCAGAAAAAUGGGAAGGACUUUACCCGAAUUAUAUCAGUCCGAACAAUGGAAGAUUUACUGGAAAUCAUAUCUCUUUGGGUGCUUUGGGUGAUUCAUUUUAUGAAUAUCUUAUCAAAGGAUGGAUUUACUCGAAUUUCACCGAUACACAAGCAAAACGAAUGUAUUGGGAUGUGUCCGAUAAAAUACAAGAAAAAAUGGUGGCUAAAUCGCACUCGGGUUUGACGUAUCUCGUCGAAUUGAGAAAUGGACGAUCUGAGCAUCAAAUGGGUCAUUUGGCGUGUUUUUCUGUCGGAAUGUUCGCUUUGGAAGCACAAUAUGAAAAAGAUGAAAAGAGAAAGGAAAAAGUGAUGUCAUUGGCAGAAGAGCUUGGAAGUACAUGUCAUGAAUCAUAUAUAAGAUCCGAGACAAGAAUCGGACCUGAAAUGUUCUAUUUUCAAGGAAAUGAAGAUGCGACGGCAAAAAAUACGGGCGCAAAUGGUUACAUUCUUCGACCAGAAGUCAUUGAAGGAUGGUUUUAUUUGUGGAGAAUAACAGGGAAAACGAAAUAUCGUGAUUGGGUUUGGGAUGCAGUUGAAGCGAUUGAGAAAUGGUGUAAAAAAGAAGGAGGAUACGCCGGAUUACAGAAUGUUUACAAACCGGAAAGGGGUUCCGAUGACGUGCAACAGUCAUUUUUCCUCGCCGAGACACUCAAAUACGCAUAUUUGACAUUCACCGAUAAUGAAGUGAUGGAUUUGAGCAAAUGGGUUUUCAAUACCGAAGCUCAUCCACUCCCGAUUGACACAGAGUAUACGAUGCCUAACACAAACGAUAUC